ACAUGUAUGGAAUGGUGCUAUGCCCAGUGCCAGCAGGCUGGGCUCACCAUGGUGCCAGGUGCUAUCCUGGCACGAGGGAGGGACGUUUGCAAGAGGAAUGGACUUCUCAUCUUGUCUGUGCUAUCUGUCACCAUGGGCUGCCUCCUUGGCUUCUUCCUGAGGACCCGGCACCUCUCACCACAGGAAAUUAGUUACUUCCAGUUUCCUGGUGAGCUCUUGAUGAGGAUGUUGAAGAUGCUAAUCCUUCCGCUGGUGGUCUCCAGCUUGAUAUCCGGCCUCGCCUCUCUGGAUGCCAAGACCUCCAGCCGCCUGGGCAUCCUCACUGUGGCAUACUACCUAUGGACCACCUUCGUGGCAGUCAUCGUGGGCAUCAUCAUGGUCUCCAUCAUCCACCCAGGCAGGGCGGCCCAGAAGGAGGCGACGGAGCAGAGCGGGAAACCCAUCAUGAGUUCAGCCGAUGCCCUACUGGACCUCAUCCGGAACAUGUUCCCUGCCAACCUGGUGGAAGCCACAUUCAAACAGUACCGCACCAAGACCACGCCUGUUGUCAAGUCUCCCAAAGCGGCAUCAGAGGAGGCCCCUUCUCAGCGGAUCUUUAUCUAUGGGGUCCAGGAAGAGAACGGCUCUCACAUUCAGAACUUCGCCCUGGACCUGACCCCGCCCCCUGAGGUCAUUUACAAGUCAGAGCCUGGCACCAGCGAUGGCAUGAACGUGCUGGGCAUUGUCAUGUUCUCUGCCACCAUGGGCAUCAUGCUGGGCCGCAUGGGUGACAGCGGGGCCCCCCUGGUCAGCUUCUGCCAGUGCCUCAAUGAGUCUGUCAUGAAGAUUGUAGCGGUGGCUGUGUGGUACUUCCCCUUUGGUAUUGUGUUUCUCAUCGCUGGCAAGAUCCUGGAGAUGGAUGACCCCACAGCCGUCGGGAAAAAGCUGGGCUUCUACGCGGUCACUGUAGUGUGUGGGCUGGUGGUCCAUGGCCUCUUCAUCCUGCCUCUGCUGUACUUCUUCAUCACCAAAAAGAACCCCAUCGUCUUCAUUCGCGGUGUCCUCCAGGCCCUGCUCAUCGCACUGGCCACCUCUUCCAGAGGCCCUGGCCAUCCUGCAGGAGGAUGGAGGGCAGACACCGACCUCCCUGCCUGCAGCUCAGCCACCCUGCCCAUCACCUUCAAGUGCCUGCUGGAGAACAACCACAUCGACCGGCGCAUUGCCCGCUUCGUGCUGCCCGUGGGCGCCACCAUCAACAUGGACGGCACGGCGCUCUAUGAGGCUGUGGCCGCUAUCUUCAUUGCCCAGGUCAACAACUACGAGCUGGACUUUGGCCAGAUCAUCACCAUCAGCAUCACAGCCACGGCAGCCAGCAUCGGGGCGGCUGGCAUCCCCCAGGCCGGACUCGUCACCAUGGUCAUUGUGCUCACCUCUGUGGGGCUGCCCACUGACGACAUCACCCUCAUCAUCGCCGUGGACUGGGCUCUGGACCGCUUCCGCACCAUGAUUAACGUGCUGGGUGAUGCGCUGGCCGCAGGGAUCAUGGCCCAUAUCUGCCGGAAGGACUUUUCUCAGGACACAGUCGCCAAGAAACUGCUGCCCUGUGAGACCAAGCCAGUGAGCCUCCAGGAGAUCGUGGCAACCCAGCAGAAUGGCUGUGUGAAAAGUGUGGCUGAGGCCUCAGAGCUGACCCUGGGCCCCACCUGCCCCCACCAUGUCCCUGUCCAGGUGGAGCAAGAUGAGGAGCCAACUGCCACUGGCCUGGACCACUGCAUCAUUGAAAUCAGCGAGCUUGAGACCAGUGUCUGA